AUGGCUUCCGAACAGACUGAGAUGAAGGACGAGCAGCUUCCCCCGCAGGAAGCCGGUGGAGAUGACGAGGUGCGUGUGGGCAGCGAUGCGCCGAAGCAGAAUCCUCCGUUGCGACGUCGCCCCUCCUCCCCCCUCCUCUCUGGACCAAAAAAAUUGCGCGCGCCUCUGCUAACAUGCUCUCGUUCCCUGCAGGAGGAAAUCGCCGCGAUGAAGCGACGGGUGGCCGAGAUGGAGUCCGAGGCUGCCAAGUUGCGCGAGAUGCAACAAACGCUCGACCAGCAGUCGGAGAACCUGGCAGAAAAUAAAGAAGAGAUCGAUGCGCGGAGUGUAUUUGUCGGCAAUGUGGACUACGGCGCCUCGCCCGAGGAGAUCCAGGCGCACUUUCAGAGCUGUGGCUCGAUCAACCGCGUGACGAUCCUGCUGGACAAGUUCAGCGGCCAGCCCAAGGGCUAUGCCUACGUGGAAUUCGCAGAGCCGAGUCUGGUGGCCCAGGCGCUGGUUCUCAACGAGAGUGUCUUCCGCGGUCGCAAUCUGAAGGUCGUCCCCAAACGCACUAACCUGCCCGGCAUGAACCGUGGCCGAGGCCGAGGUGGCUUCCGCGGCGGCCGGGGUCGUGGCUCAUUCCCUCGCGGCGGCUAUCGUGGUGGCUACCGGGGCCGUGGACGCGGCUACGCCCCGUACUAA